AUGUCCUACCCAUCACUACUGUCGUUUACCGAGGAGGUCCGGCAAUGCUUGAAGGAGUUGCAGUUGAAACGUGUCAUGUUCAUUGAUUGCAAGAUCGUCACCGAUGAAUAUGUCAGCGAAUUUCUUAAGAGCGACUCCAUUGAAGAACUAGUAGUCACCCGUAGUCUAUCAGUGGAAGGAGAUUGUUUGUCCUGUCUGAGCCAGAAGAAGGAAAAUAACUUAAAAUCCCUUCGUCUAGUCGGUUGCGGGUUGGAGAACUUGGACCCCGCCGUCGCUAAACACCUGACCAAUCUUAGAACACUCGACCUAAGCAACAACUCUUUAGAGUUACUACAAUAUUUACCCCCCUUGCUGGACAAGAUGUGUAAUUUGGAAAAUUUAUUUUUGAAUUGCUAUCCUAACGCUGGCUUGGGCGAGGGAUUUGUGGAGUGCCUCGGUCGGCUCGGCCGGCUGAAGCACCUCAGUAUGUGUUGGAACGAUAACGUGAGCGACGCGUGGCUGGAGGCGGUGGCGCGAGGAUGCCCGGGGCUGCAAACUUUGGACAUCGAGACAAAAACUUCCGGAUACCGCUUGGACCGCGCCAUGGUGACGGCGGCGGGCAUACUCGCGCUGUGCCGCGCCGCGCCCGGCCUCGAGCACCUCGGCGUCGCCGGCAACGGGGACGUCACGGAUGCCACGGUGGCCGCCGUGGCAGCCGCCUGCCCCAAACUCGAGUCUGUGGACUUGCGCGGCUGUGCGCAGAUAGCGCAGAACAUCGACAUUUUGACGGCGCUGGCGGCGCCACAGCGCCGGGCGGGGCCGCUGCGGCUGCGGCUCGCGCGCACCGCCGCCAACACAUACCAGACACAGGCAACACAAGGACUGAUUUUUGACUUCGUAGACGCUCCGAGAUUGUUCAGAUUAGUGUAAACAAUACACAAGAAACUGUUUCAGGGAAUUUUCCCAAUGCAAGUUAUUAAUAAGAUAUGUACCUAAAAGCUGAAAGUCGAUUUUAGAACUAUGAUACUAUGCGUUACAUAACUUUAGUUUUAUAGCGUAGAUAGGCCAGGCAACGAAUGCUCAAAAAAAGGUAUACACAGAAAAAAAAUAGUUCUCCAGCCAAGUAAAUACUCUUGUCAAGACAUUUUGUGUUUCCUAUAUAAGGAAAAAAUAAAAUUCUUGCUUCAUACCCAUGGGAUAUGAACUAAAACAAAUAUGUAAAUAGUCAUAUAGUUAUAUAUUGCCUACUUGAUAUGUUUAAAUUUUUUAUGAAUGAAUAUUGUUAUUGAAAUAAAUAAGCUCUGUAUUUAUUUAUUUAUUUAAACUUUAUUGCACAAUAUAUGAAGAGUACAAAUGGCGGACUUAAUGCCGGAAGGCAUUCUCUACCAGUCAACCAUGAGCCAAACCGAAAGAUCCUAAUUGGUGCAGGGUCAGAAUACAGAGUAAAAUGACAAAAAUAAUAUCACAAAAUUAUACGUACAUAAAUAAUAUGUGAAAAGGAAUUUAAUUUUAGAUUAGAUUUUAGUUUACAAGGGGUCAAAGUUGUUGUUUAACCGCUCGUGAUAUAUUGAUACCCGAGCUUAGCAAGUGGUUCGAAAAGCGGAAUCUUGAGCGUUACGAGGGUUUCUAGGCACGACGGUUAAACAGAUUUUGCCAUGGAAUGAAACACAAUUUUUUUCACCACACCAAUGCGAGGAAAAUACUAACUGUAAAACAUCAAACAAAAUCAAACCAAGUUAAAUCCAUCAUUUAAAAGUCAAUUCAACCAGCCAACAUGAGGAAACUACUCAACAUUUUCAUCAAAUUACUUUGCCACUCAUGGAUAAAAUGCCACUAUCUCAUCAGUUUUUGAACAAGCACUAGAGACACUUCUUGGUGUGGUGAAAAAAUACUUCAAACCAUCUGUCAUAUGCAUCUGUCAGACUGGUGGCCAAAAAAUUAGUUGACAUCAAGUUUUUUCACGCGCAAAAAACGUUCGUGUAGAUCCCGUAAUUCCCGUACAUCAAUUUUUUUAUUCAUAAAUAUUUUGAUUUGUGUUUUCUAAGUAUUCACACUACUACCAGCCUCCGCGACUGGGGCUUUGGGGCUGCCAGUACAUAAAUCUAGAUUAUACAGUUCAACGUUAAAAAUUAUACGAAAUUCGAUUGCAUUAUACGCAAAGGAUUAGGUAUACCCGAUUUUUUUAUUAAUUACUUCAAAAACCGACUUGUAUUUAGUAAGUAGUAACUAAAAUCUCUUAAUAAGUAGGGCCGAAACACAACACAAAAAAGUAAAACACAUCUCACAGAUUAACAAACACCUGUCAUAUAGAACACCAAACCGAUCAAAUGGUCAGAGGGUCUACCGCGACCCACUUAAAAUCGAAGUUCGUCAAUUGCGGGCAUUUUUCUCUGUCACUCUAAUUACGACUUAGUAAGAGUAAAAGAGAUCCCCGCAAUUUGCGAUUUUCGCGGUAGGCCUCCUGAGCCUAAAGAGGAAAAGCACUCAAACCGUCACCGUAUCAUAUUAUCCCGUUGCCCAUAGAUUUAUAAUUAGCAUAGAUGCCUAGUCUGUAAAUCCCUAGUGAAGCCAUUUCGAGUACGACAUUAUGUCGCACUCGUGUCAUCGUAGACGCGAGUUUGUUUGUGUACACCUCCCGGUUAUAAAUUAAAAAAUACAAAAAGAUGGUUUUUUUGUGCGGUGAAUGAGUGUCACAACACAUCAGUGAAUAAAAACAAACCGCCUGAUAUAACAUUUCACGAGUAAGUAUCGAGUUUAAUGUGAUAUUUUUACGUAAUUGUAAAUACAAAACUCCAAAUUUUCAUCAGCCGCCAUUACUUAUAAAUGUUGCCAGGUGAUAUUGAAUAUUUUUUUCCUCGAAAUGAGGCAUGACGAUUACAUUGAUAAAAAAAUUAAUAUGCUUACUUUAUGUUCCUUGUAUGACUAUAGAAAAUUAUAUUCUUUUGCAGGA